AUGGCCAGUAGCUUGAAAGGCCAAUCUAUCAGACUUGAAGGCAUUUACGUGUCUAUCGCUACGGGCUGGAGACGCAGGAAAUCAGCCCUCGGAGUCCCAUCAUCCGAUAAAUCAGUAGCGUGGGGCAAAACCGUGACCCUAUCACCGGAUGCGUCACCCAAAUUAUUGGUGGAGAUCAGGGCAUCCUUUGAGCUCGGUCGAAUGCUUGGAAAUGGAGAGAAGUCAUCAGAAAACUCGAAACGUCGUGGGAUGAGCUGCUCCAUCAUAGAAAUGAGCCUUUCAGUGAAUCUAUCCUUUCCAGCUGUUUUCGGUGUCCACCCUUCCCUCACGCUGAAAGCCGCUGUCAUACACCCUCGCAAAAAUAAGGAUGGCACAGUGUUUGACUUCAUUGUUGACUACAGGAUUACUCGACACACAGACGCGGGCCACACAACAUUUGCCGCAUACAUAAAAAGCAAGAGGGUCUUUGACCUGAAUGAUGCUGUACAGCAUUUCCAGCUGGUUCUAGAGCAGUGCCCGGUCGGCCACCCUGACUGCGCAACUGCACUGACCAACCUCGUGUGCGGCGCAUAUCUUCGGAGCAUCACGGUUGGGGGAAUUCGUGUGGAUUAUGUGAUCGGUGCAUGCAACAAACUUUUAAAGGACGCGUCCGAUGAAGGCAUCCACUUUCGACGAAUCGUACUCGAGCUCUGUCCUCUUGGCAAUCAACACCGUCCAAGAGCACUCGACAAGCUUUCGCAGUCACUCAGUAUACGCUUUCGACGAAGCGGCAGCAUUGAUGAUAUAGAUGAGAGCAUACAACUCGGUCGUGAAGUGGUUUCUCUGUGCCCUGGGGGAUAUUCUGAUCGUGGUAUCUACUUGAAUAACUUGGCUUUCUCACUCAGCUACUACCGCUUCAGCCACCAGGGCAAAUCCGAUGACCUCGAUGAGGCCAUCUCUCUGUAUGAAGAAGUGCUGUGUCUGCGCCCUGUUGGGCACAAAUCCCGUGAUACAUCACUGGACAACCUAGGAGGCACCCUCCUAGACCGUUUCAACCGACGCGGUGACAUCAAUGACAUCAGCAGAGCUAUCAGCCUCCGCCGCGAAGCACUAUUCGAGCAGCAUCGCAGUGGCACGAUCAUCCACCGCAAAGCUGCUACUGCCUUCCAUGAUGACAGAACACUCCCCGUAGAUGCAUCAUCAUGUGCCCUACGCCGUCAUAACCCACAAAAUGCUGUCGAACUUGUGGGGCAAGGCCGUGACCAGCAGUGGUCACUGACUGCUCGACUCAGGACUCCACUUGAAGAUCUCGAGUCCACGAAUCCAAACCUAGCGCACAAAUUCUCGCAGCUUAGCAAGCACCUGUCUGAUUAUCAAGGGCCCGCAGGUAGCGUGGACCGAGCUGUUGCCGAUCAGGCAGCCAUAAAAUAUAGGAGACUUACGACCGAUCGGAAUGCUGUGGUAGCGGAAAUUCGCAACCUUCAAGAUUUCUCGCGAUUCCUGCUUCCACCGUCGUACGAAGACUUGCAAGCGGCAUCGCGCCAUGGCCCAGUCAUCAUUCUCAUUGCGAGCCAGGGGGCCACACCAUGGUCUCUCACUCUCAACGAUCUCGAGAUGCUCAAAGACGACUUCACCAGGGAGAUACAGCACACGACUGGUAUGGGCCCAGAGGAGCCGAGGAAGCAGUUGCGAGUACUCUUGCGGAAAGUAUGGGAUGAGAUAAUGCUACCCAUUGUCAAUGUUCUCCAGCAUGAGCUGAAAUUGCAGCACCGGUCGCGCAUCUGGCUGUGUCCAAUGGCAGCCUUCACGUCCAUUCCUCUCCAUGCAGCCCACCUCUUUCGAAUGAAACCAGGUCGCUCUUGGUGGGAACAAUGCCUGGAGGAUAUCUACAUCUGCUCCUACACUCCGACCCUUUCAGCUCUGGUCAGAUAUCGACAGGCAGUGAAGACACAUGUUACUUCGCCCUUCAUGGCUAUCGGACAAGGUCAACCGGGCGCAGGGCAAGGCAUGGAACCUGCUCAAAUCUCCCAUGCGCUACUGCUUCUGUAUCCAGAAGGCACCUAUCUUCGGAGCAUCGCGGAAGUGAAAAAUGGCGUGGAUUAUGUUAUUGGCGAGAGCAUGGAACUUCGUCGUGAAGCUGUUUCUCUGUGCCCUGAGGGACAUUCUGAACGUGGUACCUACUUGAAUAACUUGGCUUUCUCACUCAGCAACUAUCGCUUUCAUCACCCGGGAAAAUCUGAUGACCUUGACGAGGCCAUCUCUCUACGCGAAGAGGCGAUGUUCCUGUGCCUUGUCGGGCACAAGUCCUGUGAUUCAUCUUUGGACGACCUAGGGGGUGCCCUCCUCGACCGUUUCAGCCAACGUGGUAACAUAGAUGACAUUGACAGAGCUAUCAGCCUCUAUUGCGAGGCACUGACAUUGCGCCCACCUGGGCAUCAAAAUUAUGACACCGCACUCAACAACCUUGCCACUGCACUCAUAACCAGAUAUGAUAAAUUGUACACCAGCAAGGAUUUUAACGAGGCCAUCUAG